GACGGGGACUGAACAAUGAGCAGCCAGAAAUGCGGCCUGGCCGCCUCGCACCGCGGGCCCCCACCCUCCGGCCGGCCCUUACACCUCCACGCGCGCAUGCGCGCGCGCGCACAUGCACGCGCCCUUGCACGCGCACACCGCCCGGGCCUCCCUGCCGGAGAAGCCGGAGAAGCGGAGGCCCGGGCACCAGUGACUGACCGCAGGGGAGGGGGAGCUGAGAGAGCCCCACGGAGCCUGCAGUCCCAGGAAAUCCGAAAGCCUGCUUACAGGGCCCCGAAGCCCCCCGAGAUCCUCCUUGGAAGUCACGUGAAGGGAAGCCUGAAAGUGAAAACCCAGGUCUGGGAGCAUCAGGAGCCUUCCAGGACCACCGUCCAAGGACAGGCAAUCCUGUCCAAAUUUCCAUCAAGUCCAUCGUGUCCCGGGAGGCCGCUUGGUUUCCGGUGGCUUCGCCUGAUUCCUUCCUGCUUCAGAGCAGGCACAGAAGAGAAAUGGCUUGUGCUGGACAGAGAUUCUCUGGUGUCAAAUCUUUAUCAAAGGCUUCCUAGAUCCAGGUGGAGUGAGAACUUCGAGUUCCUAAGCCCAGCCACUGGCCCAUUUGGGCGAGUGGCUCCCUUGGCUACCUCCAGGACAAGCGGAGGAACGUUUUGGAAUGGAAGAAUGCAUUGGCUUAGAAUCUGCAGGGAGGAAGUGACCUCGUCUGCCCAUCCCACGGUCGUACCACAGAGCGAGCUCGGGAAUAAAGAUUAAAUUCGACUUGU